UAGGAUAGACACGAAUUAUAAUUGUAACUAAUGUCACACGAUGGCAGUGUAUGCUGUAUUUCGCGUUUAUAUUUCAUGAACUUAAUAUAGGACAUCGAAUAUUAUAAAAGUAACAAUUUUAUUGUUUUUUAUUUUUAUCAUAUGUGUAUGUAUACAUAUGUGUGGAUGUUAAAAAGCUUUCCAUGAAUGAAAAAAUGCUUUAUUUAUGAAAAUAUAAAUAAAAAACAUUCAAAAAUUAAAAACAGAGAACUAUAUAGAAAACUAACAAAAUUGAAAUUCAAAAAUUUCAUAAAUAAUAGAUAAAUUCUACUAUAGAUAUAUAUAAUAAUAAAUAAAUUUAACACUUGAUAAAGUAAUGGUUAAUAAAAAAUUAUUUUUUAAUCACAUGUGUAUUAGUGAUUUUAAGAAAAUGUAAAUGUGUCCUUAGUACAUGAUUUAAUUUCUAUCUCAUAAGUCAAUAUAUUUGUUAAAACUUUUCUGAAAAUGGUGCCACUUGGACCAUCACCAGGGCAUCAAACAUCUGUUAAUAACACUGCAACUGCUCCAACCACUGGUACUAAAAGCAGUUCAACAUUAAAACCAAAUUAUACAUUAAAGUAUACCUUAGCAGGACAUACUAAAGCAGUUUCUUCCGUAAAGUUUAGUCCCAAUGGAGAAUGGCUUGCUAGUUCUUCUGCAGAUAAAUUAAUUAAAAUAUGGGGAUCCUAUGAUGGGAAAUUUGAGAAAACUAUAUCUGGUCAUAAGCUUGGUAUUUCAGAUGUUGCAUGGUCUAGUGAUAGUAGAUUGUUAGUAUCUGCUUCUGAUGAUAAAACUUUAAAAAUAUGGGAAUUAAGUUCUGGAAAAUGUUUAAAAACUUUAAAAGGUCAUAGUAAUUAUGUCUUCUGUUGCAAUUUUAAUCCACAGUCAAAUCUAAUAGUUUCUGGUUCUUUUGAUGAAAGUGUUCGAAUAUGGGAUGUUAGAACUGGAAAAUGUCUAAAAACAUUACCUGCUCAUUCAGAUCCUGUAAGUGCAGUUCAUUUUAAUAGGGAUGGAUCAUUAAUUGUAUCUAGUAGUUAUGAUGGAUUAUGUCGAAUUUGGGAUACAGCAUCUGGUCAAUGCUUAAAGACUUUAAUUGAUGAUGAUAAUCCUCCUGUAUCUUUUGUAAAAUUUUCACCAAAUGGAAAAUACAUUUUAGCAGCAACAUUGGACAAUACAUUAAAGCUUUGGGAUUAUAGCAAAGGAAAAUGUUUGAAAACAUAUACAGGUCAUAAAAAUGAAAAAUAUUGUAUUUUUGCAAAUUUCUCAGUUACAGGAGGAAAGUGGAUUGUUUCGGGUUCAGAAGACAAUAUGGUAUAUAUUUGGAAUUUGCAGACCAAGGAAAUUGUUCAAAAACUGCAAGGUCAUACAGAUGUGGUAUUAUGUACGACGUGUCAUCCGACCGAUAACAUUAUAGCUUCAGCCGCCCUUGAAAAUGAUAAAACUAUCAAAUUAUGGAAAAGUGAUACAUAGAAUAUAUAUUAUGUUAUUCAUGAUGUCAUUAAAAAUCCUACAAAAAACUUAUAUCUGUUAGAAACGUUCUAUUCGCUCUCUUUUUAUUUUUAAAAUUUUUAUAUUUGAUCAUGUUUCGAUAUUAAUUUCAUCAAUUUUAAUACCCUGAAGUUUUUCUUAUUUUAACAUAUAACUUAUAAUUUUGGGUAAUUUUAAAAAAUAUAACUCUGAUUUAUUUAAUUCAAAAAUAAUAUAUCUAUAAUCAAAAAAUAAAAAAUUACACAUUAUGUUAUGUAAUUUUAUGCAGAAUCUUUUUAGGCUAAUAUAAAUAAAUUGAAUUAUUUCAAUCUAAUUAUUUCUAUCGAUUUUGAAUAAACCGAAAGAUAAAUAAUUUUUUAAUAAUUUUCUCUUAUAAUUUCUGUAUUUAUUGUAUAAUCGAUUAGUUUAAGUUUGUCACUAUGUAAUUUACUUGUAAAAUGGAUAUAUUUUUUUUAUCUAUAAUAAAAGAAUAAAAUAAUAUGUAUAAUAUAAAAAAAGAAAAAUAGAUAAAAUGAAUCCUUUUAAUAUAAAUUUAUAUAUAAAAAAAAAAAUAAUAAUUAAUAUAUUCGUAUUUAAAAUAAAAUAUUUGUACUUCUUCAUUUGCAAAUCAGAAUAUAGCAUAAAUAAAUAUUACUGGAUUGAAGUAUUAAAUUAUAAUACGAUAUUUCGUAUUUUAUUAAAGCACAUAUUUUUUUUUUUAAACGUACAAUUAUAGAAUUGUGUUAACACGCAAUACACCAAUUUGAUUUUCUCUAUCGAAAAAGCAAAAAAUAACUCGCAAUUUACAAAGCGAGUAUAUUAUUUCCAUUUAUAGUGAUAGAGAUAAAAAAAAAA